AUAAAAUAGAGAAGCUGCAACUCAUCGGUUUGAAGAAGCACUGAUCAUACGGCAUAUGGCAUUAUUUCUGCUCUAUACACAUUUAAUCAGUGUUUUGGAUGUGAAUCGGAUGUAAGAAAAAAUACCCAAAAUAAUAAAUCAUAUAAGGGAGACUCUCCAUUCUGCAUGAGAGACAGAAAAUUGGAUAUGAAAACAUAAUAUUACUAGAUUAGAUCACGAAUCUUAAACCUUGUCCAUCUAUCAUUUUAUCUAUAGUGGAUACCAUUCUAAUCAAUCAUCAGAAUAUAAAGAGCGAGGACCAAUAGAAUAAGCAGGAUUUUACUGUCAUUUUGAAAGAAACAAUUCUCUCAGAGGAAAUCAAACGUGAAAGAGUAUUAUCGAAUCACCAAGAGCAUUUUAAUAAAAUAAUUCAGCUUUUUCAAAAUCAUAUUAAUAAGCCAGACAAUUUAUCAACACAAAUUAUGUAAGUAUUGGAAUUACAAUUUGGACCAAAUAGAAAGGAAAUAAUACUGAACGGAAAUUAGAGAUACUUAAAGAAAACACUGCAGCUGUAAGCAAAUAAAGGACUGAAAUAUCAAAUAAUUCAUAAAAUAAUAUUCAUUAUCUCUUUAUUGAUAAAAUAAACUUUCUGAUUAAAUCAGAGAAUGGCCAAAUGAAAUAAAGGGAAUUAAAACAUCUGACUAUUGUAUGUAUAAACAGACGUCAUAAGGAUUCUAUUACAAAAAAUAAGUAGGAAUUUUACUUGGAUUACAUAUUUCAAUCUCUGCUGAAAGUAAGUUGUAAUAAAUAGAACAACAUAAUGCAAGCACUGAACAAAUUCAUCACGAACUAGCAUUAAUUGUAGUAUAGCAGGGAAGUACAAUUCUUUGAAAUUCAAAUAACCACUAACAUAUUAGGAAGAUUAAUCGGUUAAGCGCCAUUUGAAAUGAAUCUAUCAUUCUGUCAUAGAAAUAUGAUCUGACAUUACACCAUUGCCAUUACUUAAUAGUUUAUAAUGAUUGGGUGUGUUUUGAUACUGAAAUAACAAGAAUCAGGACUGAAGAAUCAAUCUCUUACCUGUGGCAGAAACACUGAAGUAGAGCUUGAAGAAUAUUUGCACAUACUAAACAUUAAUUACCAGAAAAUAUCAAAGUCAAUUACUGACAACUUUACAAGUUGUGUAUAUCAAUAUAAAAAUGGCAGAGACUGUGAAUUACAAUGUGUCAGAUGGAAACAUGUCUGUAUUCAAUGCGACAAAUAACACAGCUACUGAAGAACAACCAGAUCAGACCUUUGACAUUGUAGUGAAUAUUGGAUUUCUAUUUGUUGUAUGUCUGUUUGGAUUGUUUGGUAACACUGUUGCAUUUAUAGUGCUUUGGCAAGACAGAAGUCGGUCGCCAAUGUUCCACUUAUUACGCAGUCUCACUGUAUCAGAUUCUGUAUUUCUGGGCUGUGUUUUCUGCACAGAGGUUCUCACUCGUCUACUCUAUAUGUGUGAGCCACCACCACGCGCAAACUAUAACAACCUGGAAAUCGUAAACUCACUGGUGAUAUGGCCAAUGGGUAUGAUGUCACAAUUGAGCACUAUAUGGCUAACGGUUGCUAUAUCAAUGGAGCGUACAAUUGCAGUGUGUUAUCCUCUGAAAGCCUAUUCUUUAUCGAGUUUAUCCAAGGCAAGGCUUGCGUCAUCUCUCAUUGUCAUUGGAUCUAUCCUUUACAACAUCCCGCGUUGUUUCGAAUAUGAAACAUUUCGGGAAGAUCACUUCAUACCCAAAACAAAGUUUGGAUCAAAUAUAGUAUACAGGUACUUCUAUUCAGCAGCUCUAUACUUCGUUGUUUUCUUCUGCCUGCCCCUGAUUCUACUGAUUAUCACCAACACAAAGGUCAUCGUCGCCUUCAAGCGCAUGCAGAAACAGCAGAAAGAAAUGAACGUCAUCCAAAAACGAGAAAAUCGCCUCACUAUGGUAGCACUCUCAGUUGUAUGUGUGUUCUUUGCUUGCGGCAUGCCAGCUCUGAUUGUUAACUUCAUCGACUCUACAUUUGAUGAGCACUCAGUUGUUCCUGAUUGGUGGGUAAUUUUCCUAUCGAUUGCAAACUUUCUAGUCGCAGUCAACGCAGCUAUAGAUUUCGUACUUUAUUGUUUCCUCGGGAAAAAAUUCAGAAAAAUGUUACUUAAAUUAUUCCAUUGCGACCGACCGAAAAUUCUUGAAGAAUCUGGAUUUACGACGGAAAUGUCAGAAUGCUGACUAGGAGUAGGGAUGUGGUUCUGCCCAAACAGGCAUCGAGCCCAGGCAAGUCGAAACAGUUAUAAAAAAUAUGACUAUGAUAAAGAUAAAAACAUCAAGUAUUCUGAGGUUAUACAAGCAAGGGUUUCUUCAGUUUAAAUACCAAUUUUGCCAAAGUUUUCAAUUCAAUUUAGGUCAAAACUACCUUAUUUUAUUAAAAAUACAUACAAGUUACAUGUAGAACAGCGUGAAAAUGUCUGUAUUUUUCAAGAAAAUACAUCAAUACGUUUAGGGGUGGGGUGGCCGCAGGAACAGCUUUUUCAAUUGUCUAUGAAUUGAUUUAUUUAUUGGAUGAUGAGAAUAGAAUAUAAAACCUAUUUGACAAGUUUACUUACUAGUAAUAAGAUCUGAGUUAACUUGCUAAAUUAUUCAAAAAUGUACCCUUAUGUGUAAUGCCACAUAUCAGCACAACAUCAUCAAUCGUAAAAUCCAUCAUAAAACUGGAGCUGCAAAACAUGUUAUCUUUUUUGCCUUAACUGAUCCAUGUAUGAAACAUUGGUAACAAAAUCUUUGAAAUAUUCAUCAUGUGGUUAUAGCUCUAUUCUGAUGUAAAUAUGUGAUCAGAG